GUCAGCACACAUGGCUCCCAUAACUCCGGGAGUAUCGGCUAGCUAUAGAGCAGAUCUUUACCCCGAUAAGGAGGUACCAAAUAAAAUGACAUCGGCUAAGAGUCAGCAGGAGGCAGCAGCACAGAUCGUAUCUCCAAAUGGACAUUUCCGGGAAUUGGAUAGAGGCUAAGAUGGUCCCAUUCGGCAUAGCAAGGUCCUCGAGCCUACCUAUAUAAGCGGCUGAGCACUCCAUCCUCAUGAAGUCGACAACCGUUUCUCUUCAUGUAUCUUGGAACCCUCCUCUCCCUGGCCGUCGCUGCCGUUGGGGCUGCCGUUCCCAAUGGCCAGACGCUCUCCCUGAAUGGCAUUCCUUACUACCUCAGCGGAAUUGCUGUGUCCACUCUGCAAGGACAUAAUUCGUCUCUAUUCGACCAGUCGCUAACGGAGGGAAUUGAUAUUGUCCCACUCACCGUCAUUCCUGUCACCCCUACAACCCAGAUAAGCUCCUUGCUUUCCGACUUCACUGAGCGCGAUGAUGUUUUCCAAGCGGAAUUUCUACGGACUGUUCUCCUUACCUCAACAUCCGGGAGCAAGGUUUCCAUUAGCGAUCAUGCUUCCACGUUGAAAUCAGAGGGAACAAAACUCCUUCUGACAGGAUCCGGUCUUUCUGCCAGCUCUCAGGGUGUUGUUCCCGUCAGUUCAAGCCAGGACCUUCCUGCGGGUCCAUACUUUGUGUCUGCAUCCACUGGCAAGGUGUUCCGGGCAUACCGACUCUAUCCCGACGACAACGUUGCCUUCAUUCAGGCCGCCAUCAGCGAUGAAGACGGUGGCUUCCUACCCAUGCCCGCGGUCACCGAGAACGCCAUGACCAAAGAUGUAGCUGUGCCGUCUCGUCUUUAUUAUACUCCAACGGCCAAGCAGCCCCUUGCUGGCCUGCGACUGGGCGUCAAGGAUAUUUUCCAUGUCGAAGGACUCAAGACCAGUGGUGGGAGCCGAUCCUACUACUACCUCUACGGAACACAGAAUGCCACAGCUCCAUCUAUCCAUCGGCUGAUUGAUCUGGGUGCCGUCUUUGUCGGCAAAACUGGGACCGUGCAAUUCGCCAACGGAGAUCGACCUACAGCUGACUGGGUGGAUUUCCACUGUCCCUUCAACCCCCGUGGAGACGGAUACCAGUCCCCCAGUGGUUCCUCGUCCGGCUCUGGUGCUGCUAUUGCCUCCUAUUCGUGGCUUGACAUUGCAGUUGGCAGUGACACCGGUGGCUCUAUGCGCUCUCCUGCCUCUGUGCAAGGCGUCUACGGCAACCGUCCCUCAACGGGCGCCAUCUCGCUUGAACACGUCUUGCCUCUUUCUCCCGAGCUCGACACGGCCGGAAUCUUCGCCCGCACCGCCGCUCUCUGGUCCAGGGUGACUCAAGCAUGGUACCCUCACUUCCGCCACAACUAUACCUCACUUCCUCGUCACGUCUACCUCGGCGGCGACGGCUGGGACGGACAAGAUCUCACUCCGGAAGCCCACGGCCUGCUCAACACCUUCGUGCAGGAUGUGGACAAAUUCCUCAAGACCAACCACACCGUCGUCGACAUCUCCAAGCGCUGGAACCAAACCCACUCCGCCAGCACCCCCAGCCUCGAAAACCUCCUCGACCUCACCUACGCCACCAUCACCUCCGUCGACCAAUACAACCACCUCGCCACUCCGCUCUUCGCCGACUACGCCGCCGCUCACCGUGGCCGCCAGCCAUUCAUCAACCCGGGCCCUCUCUCCCGCUGGACCUGGGGGCAGUCGAACGGCGGCAACGCGUCCUACGAAGUCGCCCUCCGCAACAUGACCCAGUUCCGCGACUGGUGGGAGACCGACGGCUACGGGCGCUCAGACGAGGGUUCUUGCUCCGAGGGCCUCUUCGUGAGCAUCUAUUCCGCCGGCGAGACCGACUACCGCAACCGGUACUAUGAGCCGCCGGAGGCUCCGCCGCUGGGCUUCUCGGUUGGGCGCAUCGCGGUCUUCACGGGUUCUCCCGAGGUGGUGGUCCCGUUGGGCGAGUCUCCGUAUAACAGCACGAUCUCGUUGAAGACGGAGUAUUUGCCUGUCAGUGUGGCGCUGCAGAUGGCCAGGGGAUGUGAUCAUGUUUUGGCGGAUUUGGUGGCGGGGUUGGGGAAGAAGGGGAUUUUGAAGGAUGUAGGUACGGGGUCGAGGUUGUAUUCGAAGGAAGAUUAAUUGAGGAUGCUUGUAAAUCAAUAAAGUAAUA